AGCUCGGUUAUUCUUACCUCGAUACGUCAGCUACAGGAGAUGGGAGAUGUCGAUUCGGAUAUCAUUCGAGCCAAAAAAGUUCAAUAUAAUAGCAUUGUGGAUUCUAUCGACAGAUUGAGGCCUAAACCUUGCUCAGAUCCCAUCGAUAAGCUCCCUCCCGAACUGUUCGCCAAGAUCAUUCGCAAAGUCGCUGCUGUCGAGCUCGGACCCGAUCUGUGGUACCCUCUGGGUCAUUCAACGGAUCUAUUUAUUCUGUUACAUCUGACCCUAGUAUCUCAGCGAUGGAUGAAGUUCAUUACCGACACUCCUACCUACUGGACGUUUAUAUACAUAGAUGAAAGGGUGUCUGACAACUUCUCAAAAGCAUGGACAUGUUUGCAACUCUCUAAACAGCUACCAAUCACUGUUUAUAUUGUAUACUCCGCCGAGGUCCAAAGGUCCGAGCUCUGGCGAGAGCUUUUGAAACAUCGUAACCGAAUCGUUCGCGUCGUCUAUGGUUACAACCCUAAUAUGCCCAUAAUUGACUCAAAUCAAAGGUUCCAAGAUAUUAUGCGAGACCUUUUCCCUCUUCCUGCACUAGAGAGCCUAGAUUAUAACGCUGGAGGCGCUUACUGUUUGGCCACUCAGUACGUCUUGGAUACGUUUCCCAAGUUACGUGAGUUGGGUGACGGCUUCAUAGUAGGAAAGGAACAUAUUCAGUCCCUGAUGUCCCGCAAUUGCAAGCGCAUCAGCAUCAGUGAGGAUCUCAGAUCGGUAUGGCCAUUGGUCGAAUCCGAUGAAUCUUUGAGGUGGCUGAGAUACAACCCUUCGAUACCAGAGACAAAUAGUCCAUCUAGCACCGCCCCAUUCGUCAAGAAGUCACUAAAUCUGGAGGUAUUGCACACCUCUCGCCUCGAUUUACCGCUCUCUAUUGGGAUUACAGAGCAUAUAACCGGACUUGUCUACUUAUCCGUCGAGGGAGGGCUUACAGCUCUCGUUCGACUUUUAGCCAGUAUUGAUCGACUUUCUCGUCUCCAACGACUACGCCUAAGACUGUUGAUCAUCCUUCCAAUGACAGCGAUGGUUGACCUACCUUCUUCAUUCCCCACUAACGAGGCUGUCAAGAUACUUGAUUUGAGUCUCUUCCAGGGAUGGUCAAGAUAUCCAUAUGAAAGUGAUGCCAUAGACGUGCCAGCAGCGCUACAGAAAACAAGAGGGUUUACAAGUCUAGUAAUCAGGAGUUUUCCAGCUGUUCAAGAUCUCAAUACUACUUUCUACAAACACCAAACGAACUCUCUUAGUGAGAUAGCUGAUAUAGGGGAGAUCUAUCAGCUCCAUUCUCUUCAACGACUUCGUAUUGAAACAGAUGUACCCAUUCAUCUGUCAGAUUUGCCGCCUUGCGACAUUCUGACGCUCGUUUGCUCGGAAGGGGGUAACAUUAUGACACUUUCAAACAAAAAAGCUCGAGAUGUCAGUAUACGCUAUUAUUCUCAAGGGGCUGAAACCGAUUGUGGUUUGAAUGACGAAUCUUGGCCUUGUGUCGAGACCCUGAUCAUUCCCGUCGAGCUAUUUUCAAACACUCUUUCAGGAUUUUCUCGUUUGAGAAAGCUAUCUCUAUUCAAUCAUGAUGCUACAAGUAGAAUAACCGAGCUCUGUUAUCGUCUGGCAAUCUAUCCAGACCUUUGUCCAGCCCUCGAAUCCUU